AUCGAACCCAAACACAAACAAGGCUACAAACGACCAAUAGCUGUAGUCUGUACACAAACCGUCUAACGUACCACAGACACACACCAGCCGUGAGGCGUAUUAGUAAAAACGAGUAAAGAGUAAGGUGGAGUAUAGCGCAGCAAGAUGAAGAAAAGUUCGACCGCAACAACCACAAUGUCACUACCGACCAGUCCGACAAUUUCGGCGCACACCAUUACCGGCAGUAAGCUAAGUUUAAGCAGCACAAAGACAGCGACUUCGGGGCGUUCGAGUCGCUCCGGUUUGCAAUCGCCACAGAAGAAGAAGAGCGAUCUCGAAUUGGAGUCGAUACUGGAGAAGGCUAAAUUUUACACAUCGUUGUGCCUUGGAACCACUGCAAUACUGUCGGUUUUUGCCUUCCUCUUUUUAAUACCCUUCGUGGUGGAUCCCGCAAUAUCGACGAUUAUUGCAGAUUAUGAUCCCGUGCCAGUGACGUGUGUUGUCAUUGAUCAUGUCUACGCGGAGGGCAUAAGAAAUUGUUCGUGGAGUUCAUGCCGCGAGGGCUGUACGUCAUCACUCACCAAGUGCCAUCAGUUGUACGUCAACUACACACGCAUACCAUACAGUGAAUGGGAGAAGAGCCCACACGAGCUGGAUAAGGUGCAAUGGGACGUGAGUUAUACGAAAUUUCUCAUCAAUUCGGAAGGUUGCGGUUAUCCACCAACAACGAAUUGUAGUGUCUUUGCGCGCCAAUAUGGCUACUCGCACAUUGGCGAGCCAUUUCCCUGUUAUUACAGUCGUGCCUACCCGGAAGUGGUGAUCGGUCGCUACUCGUGGGAGAACAAUUUGUAUCAUCUCGUGCUAUCGCUUAUCAUACCGAAUGUUCUAUUCGCCAUUUCGAUUGGUGUGCUCAGCUAUUGGUACUGCCCCUGUUGUGACAAAGCAUGCAAUAAAUCAUCACGUGUCUACGCGGAGAAGUUUCCCUCGAAGGAAGAAAAACUUCUGUGUCAAAGUGACGACGAAGAUGAUAUGGAAUACUAGUGAACUAGCGAGUCUAGCGAUGCGCUAGAUAUACUCGUAGCAUUAGAAAAGCUGCUUACACAACAACAAGAACAAUACUCGUACUCGUAUGCGUAUACGUAGAAUGAAUACGUUGUAGAAACCAAAAAAAAAAAUAAAACAAAAAUCGAUAGCCACAUUUUGUAUUCGUACACAACAGUUACAAAUAAAUAACAAAUAUUUAUCUACCUACGCUCAUACACACAUGGUACUUAUAUACAUACAUAACUGUAUAUGUAGCUAGUUAGUUAUGGCGCUGUGUAUGUACAUAUGUAUUUAGGCAAUAUUAAAGCUGAAAGCGUUCGUGACUACAGUUAUGUACAUGCAUAUGUAUAUAUGUAUGUACAGUAUUCGCAAUUUGAUAAGUAAAUAAAUAAUAAAAAAAAUUGACAAUUCGUACUGUUCUCCAUCCACCCUCCUCCUUCACAAUAACGCUAAACACAAGCGCCAAGCAAUAGUCUAACGCAACUCCAAUAGUAUUUACAAUAAGUAUGUAUGUAUUAUGCUUAUUACAAAACCAUCCAAAGCAGUAUUUAUGCUACCAUUUAUUUAGUAAAAAAAAGCUUUUAGAAUUAUUUUUGCAAAUUGCAAUUGCACUUGAAGUAAAACUUGAUAUGCAAAGGCUAAAGCACCACAUGUAAAAUAGCAAAAAAAAAACAAAAA